GUGCUGUGUAUGCAUCCUCACCCACUCUCAUACACAGCAGGGACGAAGGGACCAGUGGAUACCUACACACCAAGCUGACGUCUGUUUUUUAUUCACUGCAAUUAUUUUUGAGUUUAACACAGAUAAUUUUACACCCGACAAAGACUGAGGAACUUUGGACACCGACAGGAUUUAUAUUCAGACCUUCACAGCAUCUGUUUAAGUUGCUAUCCCUUCAACAUGGGUGCAUUUAUUGCUAAGAUGCUGCUCCCUACAGUAAGCAGCCUGGUGUUCCUGCCUAUAGCCAGUGUGGCCGCCAAGAGAGGCUUCCACAUGGAGGCUAUGGUCUACUUCUUCACCAUGUUCUUCACAGCGAUCUACCACGCAUGUGAUGGGCCAGGCCUCUCUAUCCUGUGCUUCAUGAAAUAUGACAUUCUGGAGUACUUCAGUGUUUAUGGCACAGCACUCUCAAUGUGGGUCACACUCAUCGCUCUGGGUGACUUUGAUGAACCUCAGCGCUCCAGUAUAACCAUGUUUGGAGUUUUGACCAUUGCUGUGAGGAUCUACCAGGACCGCUGGGGCUACGGGAUCUUCUCUGGGCCAAUUGGAUCAGCUGUCUUCAUCAUCACCGUCAAAUGGCUACAGAAGAUGAAGCAGCUGAGGGCAGUUUAUCCAGAGAAGACUGUGUACACGCAGCAGGUCGGUCCAGGCUGCUGCUUUGGUGCCCUCGCUCUGAUGCUGCGCUUCUACUUUGAGGAGUGGGACUAUGCCUAUGUCCACAGUUUCUACCAUUUGUCUCUGGCUGUGUCCUUCGUACUGCUGCUGCCAAAGAAGAACCGCUACGCGGGGACGGGACGGAACGCUGCCAAACUCAGCUGCUUCACUCUCUGCUGCUGUUCUGUAUCUCCUGGUACGUCUAAAGAGAAGACGGACAAGCCAAAAAAGAAGUCGUCUCGGACUGUGUGGACUGUCCCUACCGAGAAGCCGUGGACGCAAGGCUGCAGCACUCCCACUCUCCCCAUUUUUAGCCCCCCACCCUCCACACCUGUCAAAGGGACAAGCAUCAGCAAGCUCAAAGAGAUGAAUGGCUGGAAGUGAGUGGGAAGACUUCAUCUUGAAAAAAGAUGCGGGCAAGGGCCGGCUUUUGAGUGGGAAACGGGAAAAACACCAAAUAACUGUCGGCCAAAUGCUGAUAAACUUGUAUGUGGCUGGUAAGUUACUCUGCUUCGGCAGGAAACCAAAAAUCAUGUGGACGUUCCUUUCUACUCAGAGAAAACACUUUUUGGCUGGUAAUAUAUUUAAGGUCACCCUCCAACUACCAUCGCCUCCAGCAGAUAAACAAAACUAACGUACGCCGAUGUGGGGAUAAAAUUUAUGAACAAAAGACGAGUUUGACCUCGGGUGCCCUCAAAGACCCGAUAACAACACAGCUGUCUGAAGCACUUGUCCAAAGCUGAGGCGAGGCAGCACGCUAACCAAAGAACACACACACAGCACGAGCAGGGAGACGGCGGCUGAGACAAGCCAGUAAAACUGACUGGAAAAUUUAUGGGAAGAACAAACAUGCAGAUGGUUUAUCUCUCCAAAAUAUAUAAAUUGUCUUUAGAAACGUUCCUCAGGGGUGACCCUUCGUCUGCUCGCCUCUGUCUGUCUGUCCCCCCUCCUCUUCCUCUUUCUCUUUUCCGUCUCUCAGGGAAAGGAACCACACGGCUUUUGAGAAUCACAAGACUGUAAAGCACCGUUAAAAGUUUUUAUAUGUCCUUGAGGUGCCAAAUGUGUCAUGUGGCGCUUCAGACGCCGGAGCGUGAGGAAAGCAGCAGCCCAGACACUAGUCCAGCUGAAGCAUUUUGAUGUGUGUUCUGGAUGAGCAGGUGGACUGUUGGUUCAUGAAGCAAGCAGCUUUGGCUUUGAUUUCUGUCCCUACUGACCAUUGUUCAGACUGUAUAAUAUUAUUGUUAUUUAUUGCAGCACCUAUACCUAUAUAUUUAGCGUUGUGUUCCUUUUUGAUACCUUUUUUAAUGUUCUAAAAUAAAUGUGAACUGGUUUGUUUUUCACUGA